UCAUUCUCCGACUGCGUCUAUGACGCUUCUACAAAACCUUUCUGUGUAGUGAUAAUGGAGAUAUCGGAUUUAUCUAUGUUGCGCUGCCGAUCCUGGGUUGUCCAAGAGAAAGGACGAGUCUGUCCAGCGCGUCCGAGAGCGAUUUAUGAUGCCGCCAGUGUGGUAUAUAAGACAGAGACCAAUGUUCUUCUUUGUGCUUUGAAUUAUCAUCUUCCAUCUUGAUCUUCACUCGCAUCUCUGACCAUAAAUUCCAAACCACUUAUCAAUAUCCUCAACAUGGCCACCACCAAAUCUCAAUCUCUGCCCGAAACCUGUCGUGCACUUGUGUGCCUGGAGAAGGGACAUGUCGAAGUGCAGAGCGUCCCAACGCCAAAUGCAGUACCGGGAAGCGUCGUCGUACGAAUCAUCAGCGCCGUUGUCGAGCCUGUAGCCAAGAGCAUUUUCUCUGAGGGGCUUCCAGGACUGUGGUUCCCAACACCCUACAUCCCAGGGACGCGAGCUAUCGGACGUGUCGCAGCGAUUGGAUCCGACACCACUUCUCUCAAACUCGACCAAUUCGUCAUUCUAGAUCCUCAUAUCAGAGGCCGUGAUGAUUCAAACGUGCAGCUUCUUUGGGGAGCAGGUGUUUUCGGAGGAAACCCUGCAGCUAAUGCCUUGAUGGAGGGGUCGUGGAGGAAUGGCAUGUAUGCGGAAUACGCACGAGCCCCUUUGGAGAAUUGCUAUGCUCUGAACGAGUCUAUUCUCAUGGGAAGUCCUUCUUCAGGUGGUCUUGGAUAUUCUGCAGCAGUCUUGGCGUCUGUUAUGAGGUAUGCUGUAGCUUACGGUGGACUUCGAAGCAUCGACCUCAAAGCUGGAGAAACUAUCAUUAUAGCUCCAGCCACUGGUAUCUACACUGGUGCCGCUGUGGAGAUUGCUUCGGCGAUGGGUGCUCGAGUCAUCGCCGCUAGUAGGAACAUUGAGGCUCUGAACAAGCUCGCAGCUCUCGUUCCCAGGGUUCAAGUUCUGCAGUUGAAAGGGAAAGUAGAGGAAGAUCUCGCUGGGCUGAAGAACUUCGGUGUGAUUGACGCAUACCUCGACAUGUCGCCUUUUGCCGCGAAUGAAAGUACCCACGUUCGCAGCUGCAUGAUGGCAGUGAGGCAAUACGGCAGAGUUUCUCUGAUGGGUGUUUCAAUGAAGGACAUUCCCAUCCCGUACGUGGUGGCUGUUAUGAACAAUCUCACCAUCCGCGGACAAUAUAUGUACGAAAGAGAAGAUGUCUUUAGUCUCAUCAAGCUUGUCGAGGCUGGAGUUUUGAAGCUUGGGAAUUCUGUUGGUCAUGAAGUUGUUGCCGAGUUUGGUCUUGAGGAUUAUGAGAAGGCUUUCGAUGUUGCUGAACAGCAUACCGAGGCUGGAAAAAUGGUUUUGUUGGACUUGUGAAAGG